GCCAAGGUAUCAAAGUCCCCGACGAAGAAAUUGUUGCACACAGUCUGCUUCUUCCUUUCCAAAAGAACCAGUCUGCGAGAAUGAAAGUGUUAAUUUUCGCCGUGUUCGCGGCGUUCUGUGCCCCGUCGGUGCUUACCGUUGACACCCACGAGCACAAUAAGGUUGUGUGCUACUGGAACAGUACAGCUUUUGAGAGACAAGGCCCAGGAAAGUUCCAAUUGGAAGAUGUUCGUCCAGCCCUCUCCCUCUGCACCCAUCUGAUUUACGGAUUCGCGGGGAUCAGAGCCAAUGACUUUGAAAUUAUUCCAUUGAGUCCCAAUCUUGACACUGGUGCUGGAUAUUCUUACUACAAGCUUGCCACACAACUGAAGAAAGCCUUUCCAGACUUGAAGGUCUACCUUAGCAUCGGUGGCAAUGCUGAUCCUCCAGAGGAAACUCACAAAUACCUUAUUCUAACAGAGACACCAGAGACCAGGUCCAAGUUCAUCAACUCUGUGAACAGGUUCUUGAAUGACUACGACUUUGAUGGAAUUGAUCUAGCCUGGCAGUUCCCUACAGUGAAAGUCAAGAAACAGCGUGGCACAUUUGGCUCAAUCUGGCACGGCCUCAAGAAGACUUUGGGCUAUGGAAAAUUCAAGGAUGACAAGGAACAGGAGCACCGUGACGGUUUCACCAUCUUGGUCCGUGAUCUGAAGGCUCAACUUAGGCCAAGAAUGAAGGAUCUGACUCUCACUGUUCUGCCCCAUGUGAACAGCAGCAUCUACUAUGACGCUAGACUGUUGGCGCCUAACAUUGAAGCUGUACAUCUGCUGACCUUUGACCAGAAAACUCCAGAAAGGAAUCCUCAGGAAGGUGACUAUCCUGCACCAAUUUAUGAGAGCUAUGGACGUGUUCCUCAGGACAACGUUGACGCUACAGCCAGUAUAAAUUCUACUUCCAGAUACUGGCUGGACAAUGGCACACCAGGCACAAAAAUCGUCGUGGGUAUCCCCACGUUUGCCAGGACAUGGAAGUUAACCUCUGAAAGCCAGAUAUCAGGUGUACCACCAAUUGUGGCUGAUGGCCCAGGAGCAGAGGGACCGCACACAAGCAUGCCAGGAGUCCUCUCCUACGCAGAGGUGUGCUCCAGGUUGACAGAAACUGCUGUGGGUCGAUUGAGAUACGUCAAUGAUCCGUCCAAGAAGUAUGGCAGCUAUGGUUUCCAACCUUAUGAUGAGACCACUGGUGCUGAUGGAAUCUGGGUUGGCUAUGAGAAUCCUGACACAGCUGGAAACAAGGCUGCCUAUGCCAAAGCUAAAGGUCUGGGUGGCGUAGCCAUCUUUGAUCUGUCCACUGAUGACUUCAGGGGAACCUGCACCGGAGACAAAUUCCCCAUCAUCAGGGGUGCCAAGUACAAGUUGUAAGGAACGAUUAGAGACUGAAAGUAAAUGUUUAGAGGAACGAAGGAGAUCACUUUGAAUGAAACAGAUGUUUCCAGCUGUAAUAAAUCCAAUAGGAAGCUUUCACACCUAUCUCUACACGUCUUGAGAUCUUCUUUAAAUUUUUGCAAAUAUCUUGUUCUUCUGAUUGAAAACUAUAGUGGGUCACUAGAAGAUCUGUACAUUUGCUUCCCUUUUUUUGUAUUAUCUGAUAAGUUUUUAGUUUUUCUUUGUGUGUAUUAAUGUUUGACGUAGCCAAGUGUUUUGUUACUUUGUUGCAUGAUCGAGCAAGUGAAGUGAUGUAUUAAGAGAACAAUAUACAUGAAUAAAUGUCAUACUUUUGCAAA